AGAACUUCAACAGCACGCAUAUCACCGAUGCCACAGUCUACCGCAGUCCUGUAGUUGUGGAUGCUUUGCUGGAUGCGAGAAGGAGUAAACACACCAUGUUCAUCCGUUAGACAUGCAUCUUAGUGCUGAUCUUAAUCUGUACAAACUACAUGUUGGAGGGGGGCGAAAAGUUUUCUUCUAUGUCUAAUUAAGGGAGUUUUUGUUGUAAGCCAAAAUCAUGUUCACAACCUACAUAAAGAGUCUGAAUGAUAUGGUAUUUUCUACGUCUGAGAGCCCCGAGGAGCAGCCAAGUACUGGGGUCUUGGGUCGUAUUGGGAGCUGGUUCUCGCCAUGGAAGGGAAAGAGUCCAAAGAGUCCUACUGAAAAUGUUUCCCCAACUAGUGAUCAGGCUCUUAAAUCAGAGGGAGACGAGGAAAGUGAGGAGUCUGUGAGACCCCAGGCUGGGGAACAACAGUUGGAGGAGGAGAAGGAACACAGCUCCAAUCCCAAUCCACUUGGUCUCUCCAGAGACAGUUUUCUCUGUGAAGAGAAGGACGCCACGCAGUCUGCCCACAGACACGGCUCCGUUGUGAGCAGCACUGAGACAGGAGAAGGAGGUCCAAAAGAGGAGGAGUUUGUGGAGUGCAGGAAGAGGAGAGCAGGGCAGGGCAAGGAGAGGGAGGAGAGCAGCAACGGUACUUCAGCGAGCGGGAAUCCUGACAAGAAUGCCAGUCAUCUGACACAUCAGUCUCCCUCUUCUAAACUGGGAGUGGUAUGGGACUCUGACCAGGCCCACACCCAGCCUCAGGCCCAGAGACAAGCACAGGCCCAGGCGGGCAAGAGACUCCGUGUGUACCUGGAAGAGACCAGUGUGAUUCACUGCGGCCCAGACACUUGUGCUGGACAGGAAGUUGUCCGCACUGAAGUCACAAAAAAUCUACAGGUCCUCCCAAAGGCAAAGUCAUCUCCAAGUUCUGACUUUUCAAAGGGCUCAAAUUCAGCAAGUGCAGAGAACAAAAGGACAAAUGUUAGGCCUGUGGUUGGGGCACAGAGUUAUUACAGUGCUCUAGUGGGAGUGUCACUGAAAUCACACAAAGACUCACAGUUAGAGACUGAACCUGAUAAAGAACAAACAGAGGCGGACAGCAUGGGGCGUAAAAAUGCAGCCAGAAGGAAAUACAGGAAGAACUCUCAGGGAGAUGGAGGGAACAGCCCCCAGGAAAAAAUGCCUCCUAAUGCUCAACCUGUCUCAGAGGGAUUCCCUCCAUCAGAUAACUCAGUGACCAGUCCUCAGGGCAAAAGUCCAAAAACUCACACUGGAGAGUCGUUGGUAAACUCCUCCUCCAAGCACAACCCCACCUCUCAGGCCUCACCUGAAGGAGGGGAAAGUGAGACUUCCUGUCCUGAUACGGUCAAGAAAUUGGACAACUUCCAGGAUUCAGACUCAGUCACUGCAGACACUCCGGAGUGUGUGGUUGAUGGGGGUGCAGACAUGGAGGACGAUGACAGCCUUUACAAAGUAGAAAGGAAGACAGAGACACCAGAGUCCAAACGCAGGAGUAUUAAGGUUUCUCGGAGUGAGCUGAAGCUCUUUACAAAGUAUGUGCCUUUGAAGCCUGUGCAAAGUCCAGUGGAAGACAACCAGGAUUAUAAAUCAGCGAUAAAGAGUACCAAAGGAGAAAAGGAUGAGCCCAAAACAGAGACUGAUGCAAGACCACAAGACUUGAAGAAACGCGAUGAGGAGCCUAAACCAGUCCUUGGCCGGAUUGCAGAUAAAAUCAGCCUCUUUGAGCAGGCGGUGGGGGCCCACAAGAAGACCUUCCAAACCCCGAGAAGUGCUGAUGUCUCUCCAGCCAGGAAAACCACUGAGAGGCUGAAGGCAGAUUUUGAGUUGUCAGACCAGAGGUCAAGAUCAGUCGAACGUUACGGCAGGUCAAACAGAUCCAGCUCUGCGUCACCUGUGGGGGAGAAAGCGAUGACGAUUAAGGAGCGAGUAAGGAACUUUACAAAAGCAUCUAAAUCAGAGGCUAAGCCAACACUGCCUCAAAAGCCAGCCAUGACAGGAAUGUCGCAAAAAUCCACAUUGUCUGUGGCAGUUGCUGCAUCUGAGUUGCCAGAACUGGACAGUCAGGGUAAACUGGAUACUAAAGAGCAGACACAAACAACAGCAAUGUCAGAGAUAACAUUAAAACCAGAUGGACAAGAUACCGCUGCGGUAGGGGUAAAGAUUUCCACUCCAAAAGAACAACCGACAGACUCCAAAACAACAGACACAGUGGCCUUGAACGUAGCAGAUCAGGGUACGAAACCUAACAGCGUUGAAUCAGACGUCCCAGCUAAAGGAACAGGUGGCUCUGAAAUUACUAGUAACAUUAGUCCACAGUCCAAAGGCCCUAGCAGGACAGGCUCCCGCUCUAAGAGAAGGAAAAAUAAAGAGCCUACCAGUCCCAUCAGCCUAAAUAGUGAAAACAAACCUACAAGUAAGCCAGAGGUCACUGCUAUAAAACAAGAGCGGGUGGAUGAUACAGUGGAGAUUGUCUCUGCAUCCAAACAGCUCACAGACAAAGUCUCAUUUUCAUCUGAUAAAGCCCAAGGAAAUACAUCAGAAAAACAGUCUAAUAGCAAGGAGAAGACUUUAAAAAGGGAAUUGGAUGUGUCAGAAAAACAGAAGAAACAGUUAGAUUCCUCAUUUAAAAAGGACAAUAUUGACAAACCAGUUAACAUUCAGGAGGGAUUGCCUGAGCCAUCUGUCAACAAAGAUGAACCUGAUACUGCUGCUUGUAACAGUGGAACAAAGAGGCCCAUUGACCAGGAUCCUGUUAUUUUAUCCCAAAAGGAGGAAAAGGCAGGGGGACACAGCCUGGUGUUCACAGAGGAGAGAGAAGAAGCCUCGAAGGACAACAGAGAAACUUCAGCGUCCUGCCCCUCACCUGCUGCUCCUUCAGUGAAGACUCCUUUUGUGGAGCAGGAGUCACCCAUUGAACGCCCCACAUUAGAUAAAGAAUUGUCAGUGCAACCCGAAUCAAAAAGUAAAGGAAAGGAAAGGCAGCCCUGCAAAAAAGACAAAGUGCAAAAAUUGCAACCUCAAAACAAGGACACAGAACUGCUAAAUCUAGUUGAGAGUAAGGAUGUGGAGAAACUGGAAAAGCCAGGGAGUGAAAAAACAAAUCAGAUGGAGAAGAAAGGCAAAGAAAAACCACAGCAGCUCCUGCAUUCAGAUAAAAAUACCACAAAUGGCAAGGUUUCAGACAGUGGACAAGGUAUCUCAGGGACAGAGGGAAGUGUUGCUAAAGAUGAUCAAAGAAAAAAUGCAGAAAGAAAAGAGGAGACAAAGCACAUUAAAGACACAACAAAUCCAGAAGCCAACCAACCAGAAUCGACCUCUCAGUCUUCAGAAAAGCCCAGCGGAUCAUCAGAGGACCUCUCUGCACAAACACAACAUGUCAGUCAGACGGCGACUACACAUCCAGAAAAAGCUGCUAUUUGUGCUGUCACCCAGACUAAUGAGGCUGUGAGUCGGGCUGAGAGUGAUAAAGGGCCUUCAAAGGGAGAGACGACAACAAAUGUGCCUCUUGAGUUGCGGACAAUGUCUACAGAAAGCUCUGGAACAGAAACUGAGACAGUGGUGAUUGCAGCAGAACCACAGCCUAAUUCUGUAUCAGUGGAAAAAAUGGAGAAUUCACCCGAUGACUCACAUACACAUGGAGCUAAUGAUGCUGAGCUCUCCAGCUCAAAGCCUAUUACCAAAGCAACUACAGUAGCUGAGGAAGUGACUGUAAAAGCAACUAAUGACAGUCCAGCACUGAUAACUGCACAGACUGACAAUAUGGCAGAGAAAGAAUCAUCUCUUAAAGAGCCUUCUCCUGUCUCUAAAUCUGCAAGCAGCCAAGGAGCAGGGCAGGAUGAUGGGAAAAAAGGUUCAGCUUUCAUAACAGUGCCCUCAGAAGACAAAAUCUCAGAAGACAUAAUGGGACUGUCUCCUAGCCCUUCUGAUAGCAAUACUUCUAAAUCCACAGCUAAUGUCAUAGAGAAGACUGCUGAGAAAACAGUGGAUGCACUUCCACCCGUUGCCAAUGGCGACAUUUCUGCACAGCCACAACUCCUCACGGUCAGAAAGGAACCGGUCAGUAAUAAGCCAAGUCAAACUCCAAAAGCACCCACGUCCCCAGAGGCCAAUAAACUGAUCCCAGACUCAAUCCAGCGUUCAUCCAUGAAGAAGUUCCAAUUGCCACUGGGGCUAAGCAAAGAUGAUUCUGCAAAACGGCAGGACGCCCCCUCUAGCUGGCUGGAUGUGGACUUUCCGAAACGGAAACUUAAAGCCCCAGAACCCAAACUAAGCUCAUCCGGGAGUGAGAGCAAUCUUCUGGACACUUCUGGUGAACUCGAUGAUGACAAUUUCAUUGAGAAAAUCAAGAAACUUUGUGCGCCUUUCUCCCUCCCACCACGUAAACACAACCAACUUCGGCCACCUCAGCCCCCCUUUGCCAUGCCGGCUAUCAAGGAGGACCACUUUGAGAAGACAUUUGACCCUGAGGAGUUUAAGUUUGGCUUGAGGAAGAAGAAUAAGUUCACCUUAGACACAACCCCGAGUCUCCUAGCCAAACUCCAGAGCACAGAGACUAAAUCUAACCUGAAGCCUGCAAGGGCUAGUUUGGCUGAUAGAAGCAUGCUGCUCAGUAGCUUCGACACUGAUUCUCGGGUCAGGGAUAAAACCCCAGUCAAGGAUGAGGUUGACAUCAAGGAGGAGAAGGACGAUAAGAUCAAGGUGAAGUCUCGCUUGGAGGGGAGCUGUGUUCUCAGCGGUCUCUCCUCCAGCUUUAGAGGGAAGAGGAAUGGAGUUCAAACACAGGCAGAAGGCACCAGCUCUGGUGAUGUGUCACCUAGCAAAGCCCUCCGGCUAAGCCCUCCACCUUUAUCCCAGCCACCCCCAGCAAGCCCAACAGCCACAGCUCCAGUUAAAGACACACUGGAGAAGCAGAGCUCUGCCCUGAACGACAGAGAGGAAACUCCGGCUGUGGAGGCUGUGGUCAGUGACUCAGGUCCUCCACUUCCUUCAUUUAACGACAUUAAGCUGCCGGACUAUUUAGAGAAGUACCUCCCCCGAGAACCAGCAAAAGCAGUGCAAAGCACACAAGGACAAGAGCAAGUCAAUACAAAGGUUAUUGGGAAAAUGACAACUCUGGUUCCCGGAGGUGAAGCAGACCUUGCUGUAAAGCCAGGUCUGGUGCUUCCUGAUGCUGUGCCUCAGUGUUUCCCUGGGAUUCCUUCAACAACACAUCCAACACUCCCUGUGCAGCCCCCGGCUCAGCCACAGGAGAUACUUACUAAUCAUACAAGAGCUGCCAAAGAAUUUCACAAGCGCCCUGGAAAGAUGGUGUUGUUUGAGAAAACUGAGUUCAGUGGCCAAGCGUAUGAGAUUUACAGGGAUGUAGCAGAUGCUACGUCUCUGCAGUUUUCACCUGUCAUAUCCGUGAAGGUUGUUAGAGGAUGCUGGGUGCUCUACGAGAAGCCCGACUUCCAGGGACGCUCAAUCGCCUUGGAGGAGGGGGGAAUAGAAUUGACAAAUAUGUGGGCGGAGCCUGGUUUGGAGACAGAAUCAAACAACAACCGACCAAUGACAAUUGGCUCUAUUCGACUUGCUGUCUGGGAUUACAGCAUACCCCACAUUGAUCUGUUUACUGAACCAGAGGGCCACGGAAGAGUAACACCUUACCACUACGACACAAUAGAGACGGGCUCAUUUGGCAUCCCACUGAGCACUGCUUCAAUUCAAGUGCACUCUGGGGUGUGGCUGGUGUUCAGUGACCCAGGGUUCCAGGGUUUGCUAGCUGUACUGGAGACAGGGGUGUACCCUUUUCCUGAGACCUGGGGCUUUCCAUCACCCUUUGUGGGAUCUCUCAGACCACUAAAAAUGGGUGGUAUCAAAGUGGAGAAUCCGAAUGAAGUCAAGGCUGUGGUGUAUGAAAAGCCUGGCUUUGAGGGCUCCUGUUUGGAGAUCGACAGUGAUGUGUUCAGCUUUUGUGAGAGUGAAGGAGACGUUGCCACAGACAGUGCAAAUCUCAACUCAAAGACACUGAAGUCUGUGGGUUCUUUAAAGAUCAUUGGAGGACUGUGGGUGGGCUACAGCCAGCCUGGGUUUGAGGGCCAACAGCACAUCCUGGAGGAAGGAGAGUACCUGGACUGCAGCGACUGGGGAGGCUCAGGACAGCUCCUGUCACUGCGACCAAUACUGGCUGAUUUCCUGUCUCCACACCUCAAAAUGUUCACCGACAGAGAUUUUGGCAAGCUGGGAGUGAACAUUGACCUCACGGUGCCUGUUAUUAACAUGGAUGACACAGGCUACGGCAUGAAGACACAGUCUAUUGAUGUCAUCGGUGGCGUCUGGGUAGUGUUUGAAGAGCCAGGCUUUUGUGGUGAGUCCUACCUCCUGGAGAAAGGCCUGUAUGGGAGCCCAGAGGACUGGGGUGCGCUGCAGCCCAGAGUUGCCUCAGUGAUGCCUGUCAUGCUGGACGAUUUUGAGAACUCUGCCAAGUUUAAGGUGCAGCUUUUCUCUGAUCCGGGUUUUCAAGGCGCUGUCCUUACGCUGGAGGACAAUGUGGCCUCCCUGCAGGACAACUUCUCUGUGGCCUCUUGUAGGGUUCUGGCUGGCAGCUGGCUGGCAUUUGAGGGCCAGGACUUCACGGGCAGGAUGUAUGUGUUAGAAGUGGGGAACUACCCGGAUCUGAGAGCAAUGGGCUGUGCUAACACGAGCUCAUCCAUUCUGUCACUACAGACUGUUGGCUUUGAGUUCUCGCUGCCUUCUAUCACUCUUUUUGAGCGCUGCGGUCUGCGGGGGAAGAGGGUAGUUCUGACAGACGGAUCAGUCAACCUUCAGCUGGCUGGAGGCUGUAGCAGACUCCAGUCUGUGCUAGUGGAAGGAGGCAUGUGGGUAUUGUAUGAGGGAAUCAACUAUCGCGGUGCUCAGAUUUUGUUGAAACCUGGUGAGAUUCUCGACUGGCGCAAGUUCAGCGACUGGCAAAAAAUUGGGUCCUUGCGCCCUCUUAUACAGAAACAAGUGCACUUCCGUGUAAGGAACAGGCACACAGGGCUCAUGAUGUCAGUGACCGGCGAUUUAGAUGAGGUCAAACUGCUGCGGAUACAAGAAACCGAGGAGACGGAUGGACUCGAGCAGAUCUGGUUCUACCAGAAUGGACAUCUGCACUGCAAGCUGCUGGAGGAGUGCUGCCUCAGUCCCAGUGGUAGUCUGACCAUGGCGGGAAGCCGUGUGGGUCUCACACCAGAGCCAGACAACCACUUCCAUCUCUGGAGUAUCACCCCUGAGGGCUUUAUCUGCUACACCCCCUCCCCCAAUCUGGUCCUGGAAGUCAAAGGGGGCCAUCACUAUGACAAAAACCAAUUAAUUCUGAACUCACUUGACCCAAAUAAGCCCCAACAAAGGUGGAAUGUGGAGGUUAUCUGAAAACACUCGAGCUGCUGAACUGGAUCCUAACAUUAUCAGAGACACAGCCCUGCCAAAGGCCCUGCUAUGCAGGUGAAUGACAAGCGCUCAAGGACGAAGAACGUCAUUGGAGAUGCUAAACCUUUGCUGCAGAAGAACUGUAAAAUUUUCCAAUGUGGAGGACAACAUGGAGAGCUAUGGCUAAACCCGUAAGAAUGUACGACUACCCACCAAACAUGCAAAUAGUGGAGUCUGAAUUUGUAAUACGUAAUAUUUUACACUUCUAGUAAUAUUUCCAAAGGUUUGUAUUUUAUCUUUUCGUUGAAUAAAUAUGUUUCAAUAUGCUGGA